GUCAUUCUCUAUUUGGCUGUAGUUUCUUGCUUUUAUAGUGUUCCUUUAUUUUGCUGCAAUUUAUAGCUUUCAACAUAGUGUUAAAAGAUGAUGGCAGAAGAGACAUGCAAUGAAGUGAAAGGCACAGUCUGUGUCACAGGAGCUGCUGGUUUCAUUGGUUCAUGGCUUACAAUGCGUCUACUUGAGUUGGGUUAUGUUGUGAGAGCAACUGUCAGAGACCCAGGAAAUCCAAACAAGACCAGUCAUUUGUUGAAACUGCCUGGGGCUUAUGAGAGACUAACUCUUUGGAAAGCAGACUUGGAUGAUGAAGGAAGCUUUGACAAUGCCAUUGAUGGUUGUGAAGGUGUUUUCCACGCUGCAACUGCAAUGGAUUUUGAGUCCGAAGAUCCAGAGAAUGAGGUGAUACAGCCAACAGUGAAUGGGAUAUUGAAUGUAAUGAGAUCAUGUGCCAAGGCCAAGUCAGUGAAAAGAGUUCUAUUCACCACAUCUGCUGGGGCAGUGAAUUUUACUGAUGAUUUUGGAACACCAGGCAAAAUUUAUGAUGAAACCUGUUGGACCAAUGUGGAGCUUUGUAGGAGCUUAAAAAUGACUGGAUGGAUGUACUUUGUGUCCAAAACACUUGGAGAAAGGGCUGCAUGUGAAUUCGCAGAGAAAAAUAAUGUCGACUUCAUUAGUGUUAUACCAACAUUGGUAGUUGGGCCCUUUAUAAUGCAGACUAUGCCUCCCAGCUUAGUUACAGCAUUGGCACUGUUAACAAGAAAUGAGCCACAUUACAUGAUAUUGAGACAAGUGCAGCUGGUUCACUUGGAUGAUCUCUGUAUGUCUCUCAUUUUUCUGUAUGAACAUCCCCAAUCAAAGGGCAGAUAUAUCUCUUCCUCCCAUGAUGUCACCAUUGUUCAGCUGGCAAAGAUGUUGGCUCAGAAAUACCCACAAUACAAUAUUCCAACUGAGUUUAAAGAUGCAGAUGACUCUUUGCCAGUAGUACCAUAUUCAUCAAAAAAGCUUGUUGACAUGGGUUUCAAAUUCAAGUACACCAUUGAUGACAUGUUUGAUGGAGCCAUUCAAAGUUGUGUGGAGAAAGGGCUUCUGCCAAAGAUGGGAAUUGAGGCAGAAAGUGACAUCUUCAAUAAUAAUGAGUACAUUUGGUAAUGAUAAUGGUGUAAUGGAGUUUUCAUGUGCGCUUGGAACUUUAGCACAAUAUGGUUGUUUAUACAAGUACGUUAUUGAUGGUUUUAUAUUGAUUCUUUAUUGUAUGUGGUGGUGUGUCUUCUUGGUUUCAAGAUCUUGGUUCUAUUUUAUACUCUAGAAGUGUUGGUAUUGUAACUGAUUAUGGACACAACAUGGUCUUCAUUUAAAAGAUGGCUAUCAUAAUGUCAUGUGUGGCUCAAAAUAAAAAUCUAGUGGGAAAUUUGGUACUAAUAUGUUUUCAUCACUUGGUAAUGGAUGGUCUUCUAUAGUGGUUGAAAGUAUCAUGGAGAAAAUCUUGGAUUCUAUUUAUUGUAUGCAAAGGGAUUUAUUUGACAUCUUGACUUCUAC